GUUUGGCUUGGUGGCUGUUGGCUUGUCUGCCGUAUCUUUCUCGUCCCUCCAGAUCAUCGCGUUGUGUCUCGCUCUCCCUCUUUUUACUCUUCCUUCUUCUUCCUCUUCAGUCUGUCUUCCUUGCGUGACUUGUCUCUGGUUCAUUCCCACUCCUCAAUCCUCGUUCGUCCUUUCACGGGGGGUUGUGUCUCCAUUCCACCGCUCCGCUGCAUUCUCCGCUCUCUCUUGACCGGUUCGUGAGACACAGACCUGCCAGCCUACCACAGGUCCGCCAUUCCGGUUCGGCGCCAUGUCAUCCACACCCACUUUUAAGGGAACCAUUAGCCACAAGACUGUCGGUAGAGGCAGGCUGCCCGACUUUGACAGUCACAUUCCACGUCCUCGCCCAGAGACUUCCUCUACAACUCAUACCCCCCAGACCGCGUCCAGCGACAUUGGCAGUUCCACCAUGAGUGCCGCCAGCAGCCGUCAGAGGCAAAACCAGUCCAAGCGCGAUGAGGCUAUCCGGCGAAAAUUGGAGGCCGACCUCAACAAGAAGAGACAUGCUCCGGCACGGGCAAACCGCUCCCGCAAAGCUCCCCCCGGCACCGUCCUCGCAUUGAAACCUAGUCAAGCCCUUCAGAUCAAGCCGAACACCUCCAUCGCCGAAGCCGCCCAGUUGAUGGCCGCGAAGAGAGAAGACUGCGUGCUUGUAACUGACGAUGAUGACCGGAUUGCUGGUAUCUUCACUGCUAAGGACCUCGCGUUCCGCGUGGUCGGCACUGGCCUGAAGGCGCGAGAAAUCACCGUGUCUGAGAUUAUGACCAAGAACCCUCUGUGCGCGAGAACGGAUACCAGUGCCACCGAUGCUCUCGAUCUCAUGGUUCGGAAAGGAUUCAGACACUUGCCGGUUAUGGACGAGAACCAGGAUAUCUCGGGUGUUCUUGAUAUUACGAAGUGCUUCUACGAUGCGAUGGAGAAGUUGGAACGUGCAUACAGUUCGUCGCGCAAGCUCUACGAUGCAUUGGAGGGUGUGCAGACGGAACUUGGCUCCAGUCAGCCCCAGCAGAUCAUCCAGUACGUGGAAGCGCUACGACACAAGAUGUCCGGCCCUACGCUGGAGACCGUCUUGGACGGUAUGCCCCCGACCACGGUCUCCGUCCGCACCACUGUCAAAGAUGCGGCAGCUCUGAUGAGGGAACACCACACCACUGCUUUGCUCGUACAGGAUCAGGGCUCCAUCACGGGUAUCUUCACCAGCAAGGACAUUGUUCUGCGUGUCAUUGCUCCCGGUCUUGACCCGUCUACCUGCAGCGUCGUCCGUGUGAUGACCCCUCACCCCGAUUUCGCCCCCAGCGACAUGAGUAUCCAGGCUGCGCUCCGGAAGAUGCACGAUGGACAUUACCUCAACCUGCCCGUCAUGAACGAUGCGGGCGAGAUUGUGGGAAUGGUGGAUGUGCUGAAGCUUACGUACGCCACCUUAGAACAGAUCAACACCAUGCAGUCACAUGAUGAUGAGGGCCCGGCCUGGAACAAGUUUUGGCUGUCGAUGGAUCACGAGUCCGAUUCCAUGGUCUCGGGAAGCCAGCAGCCCGCGCAGCGGUCAGUACUCAGCCCUGAGUCUCCGAAGGCUAGUUAUGACGCCCGAGACAGCGUUCUCCCCAACGAAUCUGCUUCUCACCAUGGCGGUGACGAGCACUCUGAAUACCACGUUGACCCGCACCACGGAGAGCACAUCCCCUUCCCGUUCAAGUUCAAGGCUCCUAGCGGCCGUGUGCACCGUGUUAACGUGUUCCCCUCUGCUGGCAUUGCUGAGCUGGUUGCUCAGGUGUCGGCCAAGCUGGGCCCCGAGGCGGAGGCCGUGGGAGGCGUUCCCAGCUGCGACGAGGGCAAGUUGAGCAACACGGGCUACGCUCUGAGCUACCUGGACAACGAGGGCGACACCGUGUCGAUCACCACCGACCAAGAUCUGGCAGAUGCUGUCAGCCUUGCCCGUCAAUCGCACCGUGAUAAGGUCGAUCUCUUCGUCCACGAUCCUACGCAGCCUCCUAUUCCUGCUACCGUUGAACCCCAGCCGGCACCAGCCCGCCCCGUCGAGGAGAAGAGUGCCAUUUCCGAAGACCGGUCGGAGGAAGAGUCCCUGGUGGCCAAGCCCCGGGCUCCGUCCUUCCCCGUGCACCAGCCCGAAGAGCAGUUCAUCGCCGGAGUGCCCAACGACCUGCUGCUUCCGGGUGCAAUUGUGACCUUGGCGGCCGUCAUUGCGGGAGUGUUCAUUCUGAGCCGGGCCACUUCCCGGUAAAAGAAGUGUGUGCAUCUACCUGGCCGUGAUGAAAGAAAGCAAGUACCCUUGUAUCUAUUUCCUUUUCGACGUCUCCUUUCGCGUGUCAUAUAUCUGUAACCCCAAGAGCGUUUCGUUUGUGUGACUAGUUUCCAUUAUGCAUUGGUCAAUCUCCUUCCCUACAUGUGGUGGUGGCCCAGUCCUAAUUGAGCCUGUUUUAUUCUGUUUCGGAUACCGUUGAGUUCGUGAGAGCGUAAGGUUACAUACAAAUAGCAUGUUCUGCUCCCAUUCGGGAAGCGUAUUAGACCACCCACCAGUACAGGACCAUCGUCAUGGUCAAUAUCAUGAGAGACGAGAUAGCAUUUUUACAGGAUAAACAUAAUAGUCUCCGGUAUAGCCAAGGGACGUUCCUGGAUGAUUUACCGAAUCCUGCAAGAGGGGUUGACUGCCUGGCUGCCUGAAGGGCUUGCCGGAAAGAG